AUGAAUGCACAAAACUCUGAACAAAUUCUCAACAAUCGACUCCGAGUAAAAACAUUUAUUGAUGUUGUUCGAUGGCUUGCAUUUCAAGGAUGUGCAUUUACAGGUCAUGAUGAGACCUUUGAUUCAAAAAAUCGAGGUAAUUUUCUGGAUAUGCUUAAACUCUUGGCUUCGUAUAAUGACAAAGUUGGAAAACUUGUUUUGGAAAAUGCUCAUAAAUCCUCAAAGUAUAAUUCACCCCAAAUUCAAAAAGAGAUUUUAGAAGUUCUUGCAAAGAAAGUAAGAAAUAAAAUUCGUGAAGAUGUUGGAGAUUCUCAAUUUUGCAUUAUUUUUUAUGAGGCACGAGAUGAGUCUAAGAGGGAGCAAAUGGCUAUAAUUUUGAGAUUUGUUGAUGUUGAUGGUUUUAUACAAGAACGAUUUUUUGAUCUUGUACAUAUUAAAGACACAUCGGUAUUGACUCUAAAGAAUGAAAUAUCUGCAGCUCUUUCUCUUCAUUGUCUUGAUAUUCAAAAUAUUCGUGGACAAGGAUAUGAUGGUGCUAGUAAUAUGCGUGGUGAAUGGAACGGAUUGCAAGCAUUAUUUCUUAAAGAUUGCCCAUAUGCAUACUAUAGUAAAUUCCUGACUCCGCCACUGCUGGGAAGGAAUGGGAAGCUUCAACUUCUUGAUCUUUUGUCAAAUAAUUUAACUGGGACUCUGCCUCCUUAUAUAUGUUUUGGGAAUCGGCUUAAGAUUCUAAAUACUGAAGAAAAUUUAUUGGUCGGUCCAAUCCCAAAUUCACUCGAGAGGUGUGAGUCGCUAUCUGAGAUUCGAAUGGGGCGCAACUUUCUCAACGGUUCAAUGCCAAGAGACCUUUUCAGUUUGCCCAAUCUCACUAAUGUGAUGCUGCAGAGUAACCGUCUGGCUGGGAAGUUUCCCAUUUUCUUGAGAAACGAUUCUAAAUUGGUGAUACUAGAUAUUUCUGACAACAAGAUUCAUGGGGAGCUACCUAGUUGGAUCUGGAGACUUCGGGAUCUUCAGAUUUUGAAUCUUUCUCAUAAUUAUCUAGAGACUCUAGAUGUGAAUUUAAACUCUCCCAAAACUUCCCAAUCCUCAUUUUACAUUCUAGACCUUCAAUCCAACCAGCUCAAAGGGCAACUUUCAACUCUCCCAUUGCAUUUUAGAGAUGAUUACUUCUACCAUGCGGGUCUGACUCGUCUUAGUAGCAUUUUUUUCUUCUCUGUUUUGAGGAAUAAAUUCAACAGGACUAUUCCUACGUCAAUGUGCAAUGCUACACUUCUUGAAGGUGUAGACUUGUCCAAUAAUCUCUUGAUUGGCAUGAUUCCCCAAUGCUUAAUUGCAAUGAAUCUAAGGGUGCUGAAUUUAGGGGGAAACAAUCUUACUGGUGUAAUUCCCGAUUCCUUUUCAGAAGACCUUCUGAGCUUACAAACUUUGGUUCUAAAUGGAAAUCAACUAGAAGGAGAGCUACCAAAAUCCCUAGCCAAGUGCAAUACACAAUUGGAGGUUUUGGACAUCGAGAACAACCGCAUUCAGGAUACCUACCCUUUAUUUGAAGAACAUAGACACGUUGCAAGUCCUUAUUUUGCGAUCUAA